UUUAGAUUGUUUUUGCUAGUUCUCCGCGAAUUGGGCUUAUUUAUGAAGGUUUAAGAAAUAAUAGUAUUCAUUGUACAAUCUAUCGUUGAGAACCGUGCAAUAAUUUGUUUAAUAAGUGUAGUAUUUGAUAAAAAUAAGAAUUUUCGAAGCUAAGUGAUGACAUAUAACAAUGAGAAUUAAUAGAUAACAAAUUGCAAAUCCUGGUUGUUUACCUAAUAAUGUAGGUACCAUAUCAUAUAUAAUAAUAUUAUAAUUGAAAUAUUGUGGGACGUAUGCAUGUAUGAGUGAACUUAUCUGCAAUACCUAGGCUGCAACAAUAGCUGAGUAUUGCAGUUAAUGGCCAAGUUACUAUUUGAGGUCAAAUGUUUUCUUUAAACCAUGAAAAAAUAAAGUGUAUGUAGAAACAGUGCAAAUAUAGUGGAGUCGAGAUUAUUUAAAAUACUUUUUCGGAUAUAGUAUAGCUUUUAAAGAGAUUAGACCAAUUCACCAGAGCUGAGUAGGCGCACUCUGAAUUUUUCUCUUCGCUUAGCCAAAAUAAUCUACUGCUUGUGAACAAAUUUUAUUUUUAAGUCUGGGAUAGUUUAAAGAAAAAAUAAAAGAAACAAGAUGUGUUGUGAAGCUUGUAGCGUCACUCAGCGAAAAGGAUGGAUUUUCGGCUUUGGCACUUUCUUCACCGCUAUCGGCAUCGCUCUGCUUAUAUUUUGGAACGGCAUCGCAGAUAAUAUUAUGAAAAAGAAUUUGGUAAUUAAAGUUGGUACAGAAGCCUAUAAUAAUUGGGUGGAAGCACCCAUUCCAAUUUAUUUGGAAUUUCAUCUGUUUAACUGGAGUAAUCCUGAAGAGAUAAGAAACCCGAAUGUCAAACCGCAUUUUGUGGAAAUGGGGCCAUAUGUUUUUCUAGAGAAGCACUUGAAACAAAAUAUUACGUUUUUCGAAAACAAUACAGUGUCAUACUUUCAAAAGCGAACCUGGUUUUUCGAUGAGCAGCGAUCUAGUGGUUCUUUGGAUGACAUGGUGACAGCUGCUCAUGUGAUUACAGCGACUGUUGCUGAUCAAAUGAGACAUAGAAACAAAUUUGUCAAAAAAGCGGUUAAUUUCAUACUGAAUCAUGAGGGCGGUGAGCUGUACACAACGAAAACAGUGCGCGAGUGGAUCUUUGAAGGAUACAAGGAUAGGCUUAUCGAUUUUUUAAACCUUUUCAAUACAACCAUACCAUACACUCGCUUUGGCUGGUUGGUUGACCGUAAUGGUUCGGCCGAAUAUGACGGUCUAUUCACAAUGCAUACUGGUGUCGAUGAUAUGGCUAAUUUGGGUCGCUUGACGCAUUGGAAUAUGAAGAAUGAGACUGGCUUUUAUUAUGCACCAUGUGGCACCGUUAAUGGCACCACCGGCGAUUUAUUCCCACCACAUUUAAGCUCUAAGCAAGAAAUCACCAUCUUUGCGACCGAUGCGUGCCGUUACUUGAAUUUGGCGCCAAAUGGUACUGUAGAAAAAUAUGGCAUAACAGCAUAUAAUUGGGUAGGAACGAUGGAGACGCUUGAUUCUGGUGAAAAUUAUCCAAAUCAGAAAUGUUUUUGCGACCCGAACGUCGAAGAAUGCCCGAAAACCGGCGUUGUGGAGUGUAAAAAAUGCCGGAACAAUGCACCAAUUUAUGCCUCUUUUCCACACUUUUAUUUGGCUGAUCGUAGCUAUCUAGACGCAGUAUCAGGCUUAGAACCGGACUCGAAUAAGCACAGUUUCAACUUAGCAAUAGAGCCGACCACUGGCAUACCGCUGCAAGUAAAUGGACGUCUACAAAUCAAUAUGAUGAUCGAACCUGAUAAUGAUUUCGACAUUUAUCGUGGUCUACCCAAAUUCCUGAUGCCCAUGUUUUGGUUCAAUCAAAUAGCUGUAUUAGAUGAGAAAUUAGCCAGCAGAACAAAGCUUGUUAUGAAUUUGGGAGAUUAUGGGUUCUAUACCGGAAUUGUUUUAAUAACAAUUGGAGGCAUCUUCUUUAUUGUUGCUAUAGUUUUGACGUUGACUAAGCGAUGGAAACGCACACCGAUUGACGAUGAUGAGGACAUGCUUACGACUUAGGUACUGUUAUCGAUUAUCAAAAGUAUAAACUAAACGAAAAACUGGGUAUAACUAGUUUUAUAGUAUCUUCUAUUGUACAAAGUCAUGUUAACAGGAGCCAAAGUGCCAGCAGUUAUUCCGGCUGCGAAAAAGUCUGUGAAUAUAUGCAUGCUAUACUUAUAACAAUUUACUUUGCAAUUAUAUUAAAUCGGCUGCAUUUCUAUUUAUACUUAUAGAACUUUAAAUUAUGUAUUAUAAAACGCUGAGUUAUGGUUAUAUAUUUUUUUAAAAUGCAAUAAAUAUUAUAUGAUGUUAUA